AGGGCUUGUUGUGGACCGAGCCGCCUCACAGGAAGAGGGAAGAGGCAGCUGGGUGGUUCUGUGUGGGCGAGGAGCAAAGGAACAAAAUACAAGUAGUUGCCAAGGCACCACUUUCAAGCAAGCUCCCUCGUAUUUGAGCUCAGCGCUCUGGCUGAAAAGGGCAUUUCUCGUUUUCCCUUUCCAGGAGACAGCUAAAAUGAGCCUAGGCUCCUUGUUCCAGUAUAUCUUCCUGACGGAGCAAAAAGUAGAGGGCAUGCAACGUCUCAUGCACCAAGUUAAACAGGAAAUAACCCUAGCUAAUGAAAGAGCUAAACAAUUCACAGAACAACUGGAUGGAGAAAAAAGAAAGUUGGAAUCAGAGGCUCAGUUGCUAUCUGGAAAGCUAUUAGACUUGGAGCUUUUGAAGAAAAGAGAAGAGGGCUUAGAAAGCCAGAAAGCUGAACUUCUUAAUCAGAAGAGUAUUUUGCUUGAAACAUUUAUGGGUACAAAGAAAAAAAUUGCCAUAGAAGAUGAGAGAUUUUUGAAGGAAAUUACAGAGUUCAACAGUGAAUAUGGGUUAACAUCCAAAAGGGAGCUUUUAAUUAAAAAAAGAGUCAAGGCUGAAAUAUGUGAAUUAGGGGAAAAAGAAAAUGUUUUGAGAAAUGAAAUAGAGUCAAUGAAACAUGAAAAUUCUCAGUUAAAAAUGUUUCAGCUGCAGAAGAAUGAACUGAAGAAGGAUUUGUGUACUUUUCAGAGAAAACUCAAAGAUCUUGAAGAAGAAAUAAGAGAAGCUAAAAACACCACAAAGUGUUUAGAAACAGAAAAAAAUAAAAUUUCUGAAAAACCGCAGACCGAUCCAGAAUGUGCAAGGCUUAAAAAGAAAUUGGAGAGUUACAGAGAAGAUGAAAUGGAAAAUGCCUGUGAGGCUCUUCAAACGGAAAUUGAAUUUCUGCAGAUGAAACUGUUAUACAAAAAAAAAUCUCCAGUCAAAUAAAUAACAUAUGGUGGAUUGAUUCAAAUGUCAGAGAAACAAGUCUUUGUAGCAUUUGAGUAAAUGCUGCUUUUGUAAGCCUUUGUUGUUAAAUUUAUCAUCCUCUGCAUUUCCUGCUAGUAAAACAUGGAACCUGUUUUUCGCAACACAUAUUGUAUCUUUUCUUUCGUCUGUUCAUUAGCAAGGGUGUCUAGCAACUGUAAACAAAUCAUUUUCUUUUUGCUGAGAGAUUUUUUUUUUGGCAGUGUUCCCAUUCCCAUAUUCAACAUUAAAAGCCUGCCUGCAUUCUAUCUUCACCAGCUCUGGCAGAAGCACACAAUUCAACAUAACGUGGACCUUGUCACUAUUAUCUCAAUGCUGUGCUUGUCUGUGCAAUUUCCCAGUGCUGUCAGGUUUCUUGUGUGCUUCCCCGACCCCUUUUAAACCAGGAAAAGGAAACAAUGGUGCUCCCUUCUGAGUCAGUGCUACCAGAAGGAGAUUUUCUAUGAAUAUUUAGCCACAUUCUCUUUUAGUGUUUAAUGUAGAUUUAUUUCAGCCUAUGAUCCCUUUUUAAUAAGUUUCAGCAGAGGUUUGGAUGCUUGUUAUUUCUUAUUGUCUUGCUCAGGUAGAACUUAGUCUAACUUUCUCUAAAGGUCAUUUUAGAUCUAACAUGUCAUAUAUGAAUAUUGUCUAUUAAUCUGACUUAACAAUCAUUAUUUUUAAACUGAUUGCUU